UAUUCAGACAUGUGAGAAACAACUUGAGAUUUCAUUUGACUGUCGUCAGAGGUCAAAGGUCACAGAGUUCAGUUCUGUUCAGUUCUCAGUGAGACAGAAUGUUUCCUCCCACACACACACACACACACACACACUUUAAAACACUGAAUCCUCCCACAGCUCAGAGACAGAACCAGAAGGAGUCAGUGUUGAAUUAUCAGCUGCUGACGUUAAUACACAAACUUACGUUUACACCUUUAGUCCAUAAACAAACCUACAAAGAACCCUUGUAUUUAUUAGCUAUACGAUCAGUUAUUAACUCGUGAUGUUCAUCUGGUUACAGUUUCAACCCAGACCUCCUGUAGGAGGCGCUGCAGGGCAUCUGGAGCCAACUUUAAUUAUGAACGUGUCAUAAACAACUAUGGUGAAUAUAUUGUGGACUCGUCAGACAGAAGCUGAGUUCAGAGGCAGAGUACAGAGACGUCCUGCACGAGCAGCUCAGAAAGGAGGGUUACCUGUGAGGCUCCGCCCACUUCGGGAUAACCACCAGUAACACGAAAUUGUGAUUUGUGAAUAUAAGUAAUACAAAUUAAGUUUGUUUGAUCGAUCUUAAGGAUCCACCUGAACCUAUGAAAAUCUCUCGUCAUGCCGCUGUGACCUCAUAAGUCUUCACUGACAAACACUGACUUCCUGUCGCAGUUCCCUGAGAAUAGGAACCAGUUCAGGGUUUUCUUGAAUCUCAAACUGGACCUGAUGAUCUCUAGCUUGUGAACAUCUGUUUCAUCCUCUGCAGCGUUUCCAUCUGAUCCAGUUCUGAUGAAUCCUGGUCCCAUCCUAUUGGGUCAGCAGGCCGUCCUUCGCUGUGAUGUCAUUAAUGUCUUUUCAACCAAUCGGCUGAGGAUCCACUGGCUGUUGGGGAACACGGCUCUGAUGUCAGAGUCCUUUGGGUUCUCCGGUUCUUUACAGAACGUCUCAUCUGUUAUUCAGCACCUGGUGGAGGCGGAGCAGCAGGUUGUGACCUGCAGAGCGGAGUUGCUUGAUAACACAGACCUGUUGCGGUCCAGGAGGACAAGCAUCCGUCUGCAAGUCCACUAUGCUCCAAGGAGAACCUCCAUCUCUGUAAGUCCCAGUGAGGACGUGGUGGAGGGUCAACAGGUCAACAUUACCUGCAGCUCAGAUGGAGCUCCGCCCACCACGCUGGUGCUGAGGAGGGAUGGGGCGGUGCUACAGAGCAUUUAUCCCGACUCCUCAUCCUCGCUAUUCCUCAGCCUGUCUUCUGCCUUGCUGGAAGACUCCGCCCACUACCAGUGUGAAGCGUCCAAUCAGUACGGAGCACAGCAGGUGACCCGCUCUGUCAGGGUUAAAGCUUCUCCCAGAAACACCACGGUCCUCGUUCUGCCGUCCACUGUCGUCCAUGAGGGACAGAACGUCACCGUCUGCUGUCGAACCAUCAGCUUCCCUCCGUCCGCCAUGACUUUGAAGAAACUGACCAAUGGGACUGAGAUAUUUUCCCUCAACGGCACCUUCCUUUUGGUCAAUGUCACAGCCAGAGACUCUGGAUUGUACCAGGUCAACGUGACCAACGACCUCGGAUACCAGGUCAAAGUUUUCAGCAUCAGUGUAAGAGUCAGGAGGAGCCACAUCCUGGACCUGAUCCCAGUACUGAUCCUGGUCCUGAUCCUGAUCCUGGUUCUGGACCUGGAACUGGUACUUGUUCAGGUUCUGGGCCUGGGGCCUUUUCUACGAACCGAACUGCUGAGCCUGUGUGACCUCUGA